AUGACUUCUGAAGACAUGAAGUCGAAAGUGGAGGUGAAGAUGCAGAUCUCGCUCGAUUCCCAGUUUCCCAAGGUCCAUCUAUUCGUUGAUGAUCGCUGUAAUGGCGAGGUGGUCUUCCCAGCAGCAGACUGCAGUUUCGAUUACGGGUUUGAAGGCGAGGAAAGCCCAUUCACCGAGGCCAUCAGGACUGCCCGCAUGAGCCCGCUAAACCCCUUCAAGCAUUACGACUACUACUGCAAUGGUUGGAAACCAUGGCAAAGGGCAAUGGCUAUAAAACUCGCAGUCUUCCAAGCACCCACUAUUAUCGGGUUCCCAGGCCCAGACUCGGAGGCUCCACGAACGCAAGCCAUGAAGGACGCAUGGGAAGCUCUUAAAAGCAUAGGACCUGGCAAGGAUGUUAACUUGUGGAUGGAAAUGGAAACGGAUUCUGGAGCAGCAAAUGUGCAACGAGGAAUGUGCGAAUGGUUCAUCAGAUUGACCAGGCUGGCUUAUCAAAGUAAUGGAGGGUUCUGGUACCGCAAGUUGUACAGCCCUAACGAUAUGAACCGGCCUCCCCCGGCCUGGCUCUGGGCCAACCACAACAAGCAGAGACUGUACAAAUACAAACCGUCUGAUCCAUUCUUUGUCAGUCACCAUGACCGAAUUUACCGUCUUGUUGAUGCGACAUGCUUGGAAAAAUGUGAACAAAUCCGGAAGUUCACUGAAGUUUUCAACAAAGAUCGUACCCACAAGGCCAUGAUUGAAUCACAGGGCAAAAUCCACCACAUCUUUGUCAAAGUCGUGAACGAAGGCCGCUUUGUCCAUCUUCCUGAGUCAACAAGGGUUUCCUUCGUUCUGCAGGAUGACCCACUCGAUUACGACUAUGGGCCGCAGAACCAGCAGAGGGGAAUUGUCAUUGCUUCCGACUCCGACUUCGACUUUGUUCUUGAGUAUGAUGGAGACCUCCCACCGCUAAAAAAUCCUGUUCGUACCUUUAUUACCUUGGAUGUCUGGGUAGACACAACCCCGGCAGAUGCACAGAUGGAGGCCUUGAAGAAAGCGAGCAAACCAUGCGUCUUUGGUGAUACCCCUCAGGAAGAAGCCAUGGUUUCUCCCUCAUGA